CAAAAGAAAAUCGUGAGGAGAGUGUUAGUUUAAGAAAACAUAUUGUAAUGCCUAGGUCAACGAACCCUCUAGUUAUUUCACGUGUAGUAGGAGAUGUUUUGGAGCCAUUCACAAGUUCUGUUGGUAUGAGGAUUGUCUAUGAAGGUAACGCUGAAGUUGUUAACUGUUCGGAGCUCAAGCCAUCCCAAAUUAUCAACCAACCAAGAGUUGACGUUGGUGGAGAUGAUCUUAGAACCCUUUACACUCUGAUCCUUGUGGACCCUGAUGCACCUAGCCCAGGUGAUCCAAAUAUGAGAGAAUAUUUGCACUGGAUGGUAACAAAUAUUCCCGCAACAACAGGAGCAACCUAUGGAGAAGAGAUUGUGGCGUAUGAGAAUCCACGACCCGUAGUAGGGAUUCAUCGCUUAGUGUUUGUGCUGUUUCGGCAAAUGGGGAGGCAAACUAUAUAUGCUCCGGGAUGGCGGCAAAGCUUCAACACCAGAGACUUUGCGGAGCUUUACAACCUGGGAUCACCUGUUGCUGCCAUAUUUUUCAACUGCAAACGAGAAAACUCUCCUACUGGAUCUUCAAGGAGGAGAUAAUAAUAAUAAUAUAUAUCAUCAUGCAUCCAUCCAUCAGCUCCUUUUAAUUAAUUACGCUCAUCAACAUGCGCACGUGCGGAAGGGUACUACUACUAAUUAAGUACAUUCCUCAUGGAUUGCCAUAAUAAUAGUUGGUCCUUUUGUGACACUGCUAGCUAUGCUAGUUGCUGUCGUCUCUUGACGACUCUAUAUACAUGAAUAUGUUC